CGCGAACUCUGCUGGUGGUUUUCACCUAUAAAUAUCCGCGACGCUGCAGGUCAAAUUCAAGUACUCCUGGCUGUUCAGUUCACUGUAAUAUCGAUUUGGUGCCUUUGCAUUUGCUUCAAAUCUAUUCGUAAGUGGAAACGUUGGAGGAGAUCGAUCGAUCGGGAUGGGAGGGUGCUUCUCCUUGGACGGCGACGUGCGCGGCGGCAUGGAGGCCGUCGGCGGCGGCGUGACAGCGGCGUCUGCGCAGCAGGGCGGGCUGAACGACGCGGUCGACUAUUUCUUCCAGACGCGCGGCCUCCGCGGCCUCUACACGCCCAUCGAGCUAUCAUUUUCAGCAUCGAAAUUGCGGAAUUUAGAUGCCUUUUCAAAGAGUGAUCCUAUGCUAGUGGUCUACACUAACAUAAAAGGAAAGCUAGAGGAGAUUGGCCGUACUGAAGUGAUUUUAAAUUCACUGGAGCCCUCAUGGAUCACAAAGGUUACAAUGUCUUACCAAUUUGAGAUUGUGCAACCAUUCAUAUUCAGGAUAUAUGAUGUUGACACAAAGUACCACAACACUCCAGUGAAGAUGUUGAAUUUGUCUCAGCAAGAUUUUCUGGGGGAAGCAUGCUGCAACUUAUCAGAGAUUGUAACAAAAUUUAACCAUAGCCUCACAUUGAAUCUUCGGAGUGAUUGUGGACAUGGUCUUCAUGGAACAAUCACAGUACACGCUGAAGAAAGUGACUCCUCUAGAAUGGCAGUUGAGAUGACUCUGCGUUGCUUAAACUUGGAAAACAAAGAUGUGUUCUCCAAAAGUGAUCCCUUCUUAAGAAUAUCUAAACUGGUAGAGACUGCUGGUCCCAUUCCUAUCUGCAAAACGGAAGUGGUACCUGACAACUUGAACCCUGUUUGGAGGCCAAUCACUUUAACAUCACAGCAGUAUGGAAGCAAGGAUAACCCACUGCUAGUUGAGUGUUUUGAUUUCAAUUCCAGUGGAGACCAUGUACUGAUAGGGGCCUUCCAGACAACUAUUACUCAGCUUGAAAGUCUAUAUACCUCAAAGUCUGGAGCAAAUUUUUACAGCCACAAGGGACAAAGAAAGAUGAAAGGGCAAUUGUUUGUGGACAAGUUGCAGGAAACAGUCCAGCAUACUUUCUUAGACUAUAUUUCCAGUGGAUUUGAGCUCAAUUUCAUGGUGGCUGUAGAUUUUACUGCUUCGAAUGGAGACCCCCGUGUACCCCAGUCUUUGCACUACAUUGACCCUUCUGGCAGACCUAAUUCAUAUCAACAGGCAAUACUCGGGGUUGGCGAAGUUCUGCAGUUUUAUGACACUGAUAGGCGAUUUCCUGCAUGGGGUUUUGGAGCAAGGGCACAAGGUCACAUAUCACAUUGUUUUAACUUGAAUACAGCUACUAAUGACUGUGAGGUGGUUGGAGUUGAAGGCAUUAUGUCAGCAUACACCUCUUCUCUUUACAGUGUUUCCCUUGCUGGGCCGACUAUGUUCGGGCCCGUGAUCAACAAAGCUGCAGAAAUUGCAAGCCAGUCCCUUCAAUAUUCAAACAAUAAAUAUUUUGUCCUUCUCAUUAUCACGGAUGGAGUUCUCACUGACAUCCAAGAAACAAAAGAUUGUAUUGUAAGGGCAUCUGACCUGCCAUUGUCGAUUCUCAUCGUCGGCGUUGGAAAUGCUGAUUUCAAACAAAUGGAGAUCUUGGACGCGGACAACGGUAAGCGACUGGAAAGCUCUACUGGCAGGAUCGCGACACGCGACAUCGUCCAGUUUGUCCCCAUGAGGGAAGUCCAAGGUGGGGAGAUCUCCGUCGUGCAAUCUCUUCUGGAGGAACUCCCCGGUCAGUUCCUGCACUACAUGCGCACUCGCGGGAUCAAGCCACAGCAGCAGCAGGGGGCGGGGCUUGCUUCAGCGCCCGUUUACCCUCCUCAGCAGUGACCAAAAGAAAAUGUGCCGCGCUCGGAACGAGCUGGUCCCUUUUUGCCUCCAACUGUGGAUUCCGCUAGCGUCCCAUGGUAGCGUAGUACUCUUUGUUCAUAUAGCCUCUCUGGUUAGCUUUUUUAUCCUGGCCGCAGUUGGUGCAUAUCCAAGGCCGUAGAAUCUAGAUCCAGCACAAGUAGACACUGCUUUCCUCUGGGUUAAGCGGGACGAAGUAAAUUCGCGCUGCACAUUCUGUCAAGCAUUCAGGUUGUUCGUGAAACGUGAUUAUUAUCCCCUGCUUCCAUAUUAAGUACAGUAUAUUGAACGUUGGUGGUGGUUA